CCCUUAACCGUCGAGCGCGGAGGAAGGAGCGGCACUAGUAGCAGAAUCGACGGCGGCGAUGGACGGGACCAACGGCGAGGAUUUGGCGGUGGGAUGCUUCCUCUCCCUGCGGACGACGCUCGGCGACGAGGUCGAGGGCCAAAUCAUCACCUUCGAUCGCCUCUCCAACAUCCUCGUCAUCCAAGAGGGCGCUUCGAACGCGGGGUCCCGGCGCAGUGUGCGGCUCAUCAAGGCCAACUACAUCAGGGAUUUCACGGUUCUAGGGCGCGGAGACGACCCGCUCGAUCCCAAGAAGUGCUUCGUCGAUCUCGGCGGGAUCCAGGCGAGGGAGGCGGCGGCGCUGAGACAAGCAGAGAUUGAUGCCGAGAGGAUUGGGGUGGGGGUCACUGCGGAGGCUCAGAGCAUUUUUGAUGCAUUGUCCAAGACGCUUCCAGUUAAGUGGGACAAGACCGAUAUAGUUGUGAUGAACACGGUGCGAGUCUGCAGCCCAUACCUCCCCGAAAAUGUUAGUGGCGGAGCACCGGCCGCCAGUGAUCGGGUCAGGAAAGUGCUUGACUUUGAGAGGAAAAGGUUGCAAGCUCGCGCUCCUGGCCAUAUCUGAUCAUAUUUCAGUGGCAUUUAGCUUGUCGCCAUAAAUCUCCGCAAACUGUUGAACUUUAUACUCAUUGAUAGGUUCUUUCUAGUGCUGGGAUUAUAACCUAACUAUGGGUAGUUUUGUAUAAUAAUAAUAUUAUAAUUUUAUUAUUACUGCACCCUCGGGUGACUUGGUCCAAAGAACUCUCUUUUUCUUUUUGUUUCUUUUUA